AGAGAGAGAGAGAAAGGCCGGCCGGAUAAACAAACCAUCAUGUGCACUCUAGAGAAGCGUGGCAACAUCUUCUUCCUCACUCUCACCGGCGACGACGACGAACAUGUCUUAAACCCUAAUCUUAUUGGCGCAAUUCGAUCUUCUCUUUCCCAUGUCCGACAACAAGCAACCGCCGGCUGCGUUCUUGUAACCACUGCUGCCCAAGGCAAAUUCUUCUGCAAUGGAUUCGACUUCAAUUGGGCCAAAGAAGCUGGCGAAUCAUCGGCUAAGAUAAAACGUCUCAGAUACAUGGUGGAGGUUUUCAAACCUCUAAUCGCCGAUCUGAUAUCCCUUCCGAUGCCAACGAUCGCGGCAGUAACAGGGCACGCUGCCGCUGCAGGCAUGAUUCUGGCGAUGAGUCACGACUACGUGAUGAUGGGAAGUUAUCGAGGCGUAAUGUAUAUGAGCGAGCUGGAUAUAGCAAUAACAUACCCGGAUUUCUUCACGGCGGUGAUUCGAUCCAAGGCACGGUCACCGAUGGUGAUGAGGGAUAUUAUGCUGAAAGGGAUGAAGGUAAGAGCGGAGGAGGGAGUGAAGAUGGGGAUGGUGGAUUCAGCUCAUGAUAGCAGAGAGAAGGUGGUGGAAGCUGCGAUGCGCCUUGGAGAAGAAUUGGGGAAGAGAAGUUGGAAUGGGGAUGUUUAUGCAGAGAUACGGAAGGCAAUGCAUCAGGACCUGUGUGGUAUACUCAGCUUGACUGGCAAGUCCAUUGUAGCUUCCUCCCGUCUAUGAACUGUCAAAUCUAUCUUUUCUUUUCUUUUCUCUAUUGAAUGAAUUGAAAUGAAAUGAAAUACCCAUAUUCUCAAAUUUGGAUGCCA